GAGCCCGCUGCUGGCAUGAGGCCUAGUAUGUCCGGGCUGCACCUGGCGAAGAGGGGCCGCGAGCACAGGAAGAUGGAUCUGCAACGGGAUUUCACUGUCGCCUCGCCAGCGGAGUUCGUCACCCGCUUCGGGGGCAACCGGGUCAUCGAAAAGGUCCUCAUCGCCAACAACGGCAUCGCCGCCGUGAAGUGCAUGCGCUCCAUCCGCCGCUGGGCCUACGAGAUGUUCCGAAACGAGCGCGCCAUUCGGUUCGUGGUCAUGGUGACCCCCGAAGACCUCAAGGCUAAUGCGGAGUACAUCAAAAUGGCAGAUCACUACGUGCCCGUCCCCGGGGGGGCCAACAACAACAACUACGCCAACGUGGAGCUGAUCGUGGACAUUUCCAAACGGAUCCCAGUCCAGGCGGUGUGGGCCGGCUGGGGACACGCCUCGGAAAACCCCAAGCUGCCAGAACUGCUGCAGAAAAAUGGGAUAGCUUUCCUAGGUCCUCCCAGCGAUGCCAUGUGGGCGCUGGGGGACAAAAUCUGCUCCACCAUCGUGGCUCAGACAGUCCAGAUCCCCACGCUGCCAUGGAGCGGGAGCGGUCUGGUGGCCAAGUGGUCCGAGGAGGCCCAGAAGAAUCAGCAGACGAUCAGCAUCCCCCUGGAGACGUACACGCAGGGCUGCGUGAAGAACGUGGAGGAAGGCCUGGAGGUGGCCAAGAGGAUUGGUUACCCACUGAUGAUCAAGGCAGCAGAAGGCGGCGGGGGCAAAGGCAUCCGGAAAGUGGAGGCAGCGGAGGAAUUUGGCACCUGCUUCCGGCAGGUGCAGGCGGAGGCGCCCGGCUCCCCCAUUUUCCUGAUGAAGCUGGCGCAGAACGCGCGGCACCUGGAGGUGCAGGUGCUGGCUGAUGAGGACGGCAAUGCCAUCUCCCUCUUCGGCCGUGACUGCUCCAUCCAGCGCCGGCACCAGAAGAUCAUCGAGGAGGCCCCCAUCACCAUCGCAGCACCCUCCGUCAUCGAGGUGAUGGAGCAGUGCGCGGUCCGCCUGGCCCAGACGGUGGGCUACGUGAGCACGGGCACCGUCGAGUACCUCUACGGCCAGGACGGGAGCUUCCACUUCCUGGAGCUGAACCCGCGGCUGCAGGUGGAGCACCCUUGCACGGAGAUGAUCGCGGAUGUGAACCUCCCUGCUGCCCAGCUGCAGAUCGCAAUGGGCAUCCCCUUGCACAGGAUAAAGGACAUCCGGGUGCUGUACGGGGAGAGCCCCUGGGGGGAUACACCCAUCCUCUUCCACAGCCCCACCAACACCCCCGUGCCCAGGGGCCACGUCAUCGCCGCCCGCAUCACCAGUGAGAACCCCGAGGAGGUGUACGUGCGGCGCGGGUACAUCGCCUACGAGCUGAACAGCCUGCAGCACCGGCAGCUCUCGGAUGGCACCUGCCUGGUAGAGUUCCAGUUCAUGCUGCCCUCCUCCCACCCCAACAGGAUGUCCGUCCCCAUCAGCGUCUCCAACCCCGACCUGGCCCGGCACAGCACCGAGCUCUUCAUGGACAGUGGCUUUUCUCCCCUGAGCCAGCGGAUGGGAGCUAUGGUGGCCUUCGACAGAUUUGAGGACUUCACGAGGAACUUCGAUGAGGUGAUCUCGUGCUUCACCAACCCGCCCUCGGAGAGCGUCCUCUUCAGUGAGCCGCGAGCCGCCGUCUACGAGGAGGAGGAGGCCAAGAACGUCCACGAGGAGCCGAUCCACAUCCUCAACAUCGCGCUGCGCUGGGCUGACCACGUGGAAGAUGAGAAGCUGGUGCCCGUCUUCAGAGCCUUUGCCCAGUCCAAGAAAAACAUCCUCAUGGACUGUGGCCUCCGCAGAAUCACGUUUCUCAUCGCCCAGCAGAGAGAAUUCCCAAAGUUUUUCACGUUCAGAGCCAGGGACGAGUUCGCAGAGGAUCGCAUCUACCGGCACCUGGAGCCGGCGCUCGCCUUCCAGCUGGAGCUGAGCCGCAUGCGCAACUUCGACCUGACGGCCAUUCCCUGCGCCAACCACAAGAUGCAUCUCUACCUGGGGGCUGCCAAAGUGCAGGCGGGCGCCGAGGCCACCGACUGCCGCUUCUUCAUCCGCGCCAUCGUGCGCCACUCGGACCUCGUCACCAAGGAGGCUUCCUUCGAGUACCUGCAGAGCGAGGGUGAGCGGCUGCUGCUGGAGGCGAUGGAUGAGCUGGAGGUGGCUUUCAGCAACACCGCCGUCCGCACCGACUGCAACCACAUCUUCCUCAACUUCGUCCCGACGGUCAUCAUGGACCCCUCCAAGAUCGAGGAGUCGGUGCGGUCCAUGGUGAUGCGCUACGGCAGCCGCCUCUGGAAGCUGAGGGUCCUGCAGGCCGAGGUGAAGAUCAACAUCCGCCUGACGCCCACUGACGCCGCCAUCCCCAUCCGCCUCUUCCUCAGCACCGAGUCCGGGUACUACCUGGACAUCAGCCUCUACAAGGAAGUGAGGGACCCCGGCACCGGCAGCAUCAUGUUUCAGUCGUACGGGGACAAGCAGGGGCUGCAGCACGGGAUGCUCAUCAACACUCCCUACGUCCCCAAGGACCUGCUCCAGGCCAAGCGGUUCCAGGCGCAGUCCUUGGGCACCACCUACGUGUAUGAUUUCCCCGAGAUGAUCAAGCAGGCUCUCUUCAAGCUGUGGGGCUCCUCGGAGCUGUACCCCAAGGACGUCCUGACAUACACCGAACUGGUGCUGGACUCGCAGGGGCAACUGGUGCAGAUGAACAGGGUCCCUGGAGGGAACGAGGUGGGGAUGGUUGCUUUCAAAAUGAAGCUGAAGACCCCCGAGUAUCCACAAGGCCGGGACAUCGUGCUCAUCUGCAACGACAUCACGCACAGGAUCGGCUCCUUCGGGCCGGAGGAGGACCUGGUCUUCCUGCGGGCCUCCGAGCUGGCGCGGGCCGAGGGCAUCCCCCGCCUCUACAUCGCUGCCAACAGCGGCGCCCGCAUCGGCUUCGCCGACGAGAUAAAGAACAUGUUCCAGGUGGCCUGGGUGGACCCUGCCGACCCCUACAAGUUUUUUUUUUUUUUCUACCUGACUCCCCAGGACUACACGAAGAUCAGCGCCAUGAACUCGGUGCACUGUGAGCACGUGGAGGAAGGGGGCGAGUCCAGGUACGUCCUCCUGGACAUCAUCGGGAAGGACAACGGGUUUGGGGUGGAAAACCUGAGAGCUGCUGGUACUAUCGCCGGGGAGUCCUCUCGCGCUUACGAUGAAAUUGUGACCAUCAGCAUGGUGACCUGUCGUGCCAUCGGGAUCGGCGCGUACCUGGUGAGGCUGGGCCAGCGCGUCAUCCAGGUGGAGAACUCCCACAUCAUCCUCACCGGGGUCACGGCUCUCAAUAAGGUGUUGGGACGUGAAGUUUACACCUCCAAUAACCAGCUGGGAGGCGUGCAGAUCAUGCACAACAACGGUGUUUCCCACGUCACCGUCCCCGAUGACUUUGAAGGGGUCUACACCAUCCUGCAGUGGCUCUCGUACAUACCCAAGGAUAACCGGAGCCCCGUGCCCAUCACUGCCAUAAGUGACCCCAUCGAAAGGGAAAUUGAUUUUGUCCCUUCCAAAGUCCCCUACGACCCCAGGUGGAUGCUGGCCGGGAGACCCCAUCCGUCUCUCAAGGGGACGUGGCAGAGUGGCUUCUUCGACCAGGGCAGCUUCCUGGAGAUCAUGAGGCCGUGGGCUCAGACCGUUGUGGUUGGCAGAGCAAGGCUGGGAGGUCUCCCGGUGGGUGUCAUCGCUGUUGAGACCCGCACCGUGGAGGUGACGGUACCCGCGGACCCCGCCAACCCGGAGUCGGAGGCGAAGAUAAUCCAGCAGGCCGGGCAGGUCUGGUUUCCUGAUUCUGCUUUUAAAACAGCCCAGGCUAUUCGGGACUUCAACCGGGAGCAUCUCCCGCUGAUAAUCUUUGCCAACUGGCGAGGCUUCUCCAGCGGCAUGAAAGACAUGUACGACCAAAUGCUGAAGUUCGGCGCCUUCAUUGUCGACAGCCUCCGGGAUUUUAAGCAGCCUGUCCUGGUGUACAUCCCACCGCACGCGGAGCUGCGCGGAGGCUCCUGGGUGGUCAUCGACUCCACCAUCAACCCCCUGUACGUGGAGCUCUACGCGGACAAGGAGAGCAGGGGGGGCAUUUUGGAGCCUGGAGGAACAGUGGAGAUCAAAUUCAGGAAAAAAGAUUUGGUGAAGACCAUGAGAAGGAUCGAUUCAGUGUGUGCCAAGCUCGUUGAGCAGCUGGGGACCCCCGAGCUGUCCGAGGCGCAGCGCAGCGACCUGGAGAAGCAGCUCAAGGCCCGGGAGGAGCUCCUCCUGCCCAUGUACUACCAGGUGGCUGUGCGCUUCGCCGACCUGCACGACACCCCGGGGCGCAUGCAGGAGAAGGGCGUCAUCACGGACAUCCUGGAGUGGAGGAACGCCCGCUCCUUCCUCUACUGGCGGCUGCGCCGGCUGCUGCUGGAGGAGGUGGCGAAGGCGGAGGUGCUGAAGGCCAACGGCGAGCUGAGCCACGUUCACAUCCAGUCCAUGCUGCGACGCUGGUUCAUGGAGACAGAAGGAACCACGAAGGGCUACCUCUGGGACAACAACCAGGUGGUGGUGGAGUGGCUGGAGAAGCAGCUGCGGGAGGAUGACGGCACCCAGUCGGCCAUCCGGGAGAACAUCAAGUACCUGAAGCGGGACUAUGUGCUCAAGCACGUCCAGAGCUUGGUCCAGGCCAACCCCGAGGUGGCCGUGGACUGCAUCAUCCAGAUGGCCCAGCACGUCACCCGCGCCCAGAAGGCCCAGCUCGCCCGGCUCCUGUCAGCCGUGGGUGACGACGGCCCACCUUGAGCUGGGGGUGGGCAGGGGGGGGCACCAGGACACGCUGCUGCUGCUCAGAGGCCAGACCUCCCCUCCCCACCCAGUUCCUCAGCCCCUGAGCUGGAGCCUUGGGCUUGUACUUGCCUAAAUAAAUAAGUCAGCGUUUAUACGGUCUUGCCACCUGUGCAGCGUCCCCUCUGGCGCUGGGUGCGUUGGUCAGAGGGGCAGCUUGGCAGAAGAUAAAACUUGUCCCGAGCGAAGUCUGGUGCAGAAGUUUGGCUUUAAAAAGAUUCUAAAAAUCUUUCACUGUGUUUUAAUCGCAAGCCCUGGCCUUAAACUUUAAAACAAGCACCACGAGACUGGUCAGAGCGGGAGGUACAAACCGCCCGGCCCAGGCACCCCAGGGGAGAGGGACGCAGGCGGAGGGUCCGUACAGCCGUGUGGAAGCGGGCCAGGCACUGGCACGAGGAAGUGUAACCCUGCUUAAGAAGCAGUCUCCGACUGAUGGUUUAUAAUAAACUCAGGA